GCUUCGAUGUCGUCUGGGUCGUCGUCGGCUACCAAGCUUGCGAGUGCGACGGCGAAGGAAGGUUAGUAAACGCCCUCACCCACCCUCUCCUUGUCUUUCUUUCUCCGAUAAAGUAUCAACUGCUUGCCAUCUUUUCCUUUUCAUGAACUCUUUUUAAAUCAUGCCCCGUGACUAACUGUUGAAACAGCUUCUACCGCGUGAUGCGUCAACGCCUUGAUUUCUUGAAUCGCCGGCGUCCUAUUCCCGCUUCUUGUCCCAUUCACGAAUCUCCUUUUCUUGGUUCCAGGAUGAACAUCGAUAUUAUACAUCAUCAGCUUCUUUAUUCACACGAAAGCCUUCUGCGGCCAUUCGAUGAGGUUCUGCCGCACUGGCUGCGAUACGACGCCGGACGUCAGAACACGUGAUGGACAGAAAAGGCAAUGUCUGAUUCACCGUCUUCCAAAUAUAGUGCCAUUUUGGCGGUGGAAUUGCGCUUCAACAAAUUCCCCCCUGUUAUUGAUAACACGGAAUACCGGUGCGAGAUGAGGCGAUUUUUCUUUUGUGAGCGGCGUGGUAUACUACUUACCAGAACUUCUCGGGCGGCAUAUCUCGUGCAGAGGAUUGAAGUACAUACAUAGUGCAUACUCACCUCAACCUACAUUACGAAUAAUGAAUACGUUUCCACGAAACCCAAAACCACCCGCACUGCAGCACUUCGCAGUCCCACCUCGUCGCUAAUCCACACACGUACUCGGCAGUGCUCUUGCGUGCGUAAUAGAAUGAUGAAUGAAUGCCCUGCCCUUACAUAUGUACAUAGGCGCCCAGAUCCCAUCAUCGCGGAGGACCGACGACAUCGAAACGCCGUCCACAGCGGCAUGAACCUUGGAUCCCGACAGCGCAAGCGCGGAAACCAACUCGACCUGGUGUUUUUCACAAAUCGACACCGGAGUGUACUCCUGCGAUUCGAUUGCUCUCGUUCUAAUUCGUCCGUGGUGCGGACUGCUCCGCCCCGCGGUCUCUGGGCCGGAAUGCGCUCCGACGAGCUGGGCAGCGACAGCUGUGGUUCGGGUGUUUGGUUAGCUGGAGGUAAAAGCAGGCAAAUCAGUGUUGCGCGGGGGAGCUGGGAGGAGGGAAGUGGCCCGGUAUGCGGAAUUUCAACGUGGCAGCCAUCGGGGGUUGCGGUUUACUUGUUGAUGGAGGCUGCGGGAGCCGUCAUAAGUGCCUUUAUGUCGCGAAAAUCGAGCGAAGAAUUGAUUGGCGGUGUACACAUCACACCCUGUAUAGAGGAUAUCACUAGGUCUAAACAAAGCACGUUGAGAGCACAUGAAUCGGCCCCGAUGAUCUGCAAGUUCAACCCCAUGUCGUUGAGGCCCAGCGUACUGAUCUACGCCGAACAACGUCUACAUAGUAAAUCUCAUGUUGUAGAUAGCCGUUGUGUUGAAUCCCGUACUAAUACUAUUUUGAUUUAUUUUGAGCGCAUGAAAGACCUCACACCGUGUGCACUGCUUCGCUUGAUCCUCCCCCUGAUCCGGCCAACAGUUGAGUAGUAUGCUUCUGAUUCUCUCCGCGGCCAAGAAAUGUCACUAUGACGUAGAUACCCUCUACACCUCAGAAUUAGGUAUUCAACAUCAACAUCUGCUGGAUCAGGAUCCAAGUUACAGAUCGGGUAAGCCGGCACGUGUAUAACCUCCAAAUCAGCGAUUUUGUGGAUCUGCCCUCCGUGUUUCCGAUGACGGAGUAUCAAGCGAGAUGCUUAAUU